UUGUGGGCGGGAAGCUGCUACAAGAUGGCGGCCUCCGUGUCAGGCUAUACCUUCAGCUCUCUGGUCUAUCAUCACAGCAACAGCCCCUCGGACCACGAAGGAUUUCUCUUGGGGGAGGUGAAGCAGCAGGAGAUGUGCAGUAUUAGUGAUUCACAUAUAAGCAAUACAGAACUGCUGCAAGUAAUAGAAAUCCACAAUCACGAACCUGGUUACCAGCUCUUUAGCUUUUACGACUAUGCAGGAAGAGUCGAUGAAGAAAGUCUGGAUAGAAUUCUCAAGGGAAGGAAAAAAAAUGUUAUUGGCUGGUAUAGAUUUAGGAGGAAUACACAGCAGCAAAUGUCCUACAGAGAACAUGUCAUCCACAAACAGUUGACAAACAUCCUCGGAGUGCCUGAUCUUGUCUUCCUUCUCUUCAGCUUCAUCUCUACUGCAAAUAACUCCACACAUGCUUUAGAGUAUGUGCUUUUCAGACCAAAUCGCAGGUAUGAUCAGAGAGUGUCGCUUUCAAUUCCCAAUUUGGGUAAUACUAGUCAACAGGAAUAUAAAAUUUCCUCUGUGCCAAACACGUCACGGAACUAUGGCAAGGUGGUGACUGAACAUGGGGCUGAAUUCUUCGAUAAAGAUGGAGUGAUGAAAGACAUCAGGGCCAUAUAUCAGGUGUAUAAUGCACUUCAGGAAAAAUUACAAAUGGUAUGUGGAGAAGUGGAAAAAAGUGAAAGAACAGUUGGAAGUUAUCUGCUAGAAGUGGAUAAACUAAAAGAUCAAAUAGCACUCAGGAAAAGGGAGAUUGAGGAGGAGAAUGAUCUUCAGGAAGAGGUGCCAGUUAGAGAAUUGGGCGAAGAUAAUUCAGCGCAUGUUCCUCUGAUCUGUCCUGGACAAGAAGUGGAAAUGCACGCACAAGAAAACUUGGACACCUCUGGUACUCUGUUGCCUAAUUCUGAUGUUACUGUUCGGUGUAAUAUGCAGGUGACGAGUAGUGUUUAUAUGCCUCGUUUACAGGGCGUGGGUUCAGCCAAUAAAGCAUCAUCAAGCACAGGUGCUUCCCACUACUAUGGAAGCAGAAUGGGGACACUCAGUUCACAAAAAGCACACGGAGACACUGUUAAUAAGGGAGAGGACGAUUAUGAAAACUUCCAUGAACCUUCAGAAACGUCUGACAGUAAAUACCCUGUACUGGGUGAAACUCAUCCUAAUGCACAUUCUGAUGAAGAUGCCACAGGCUCUCAAACUUCACAAAUAUAACAAACUGUUAAAUGGCACUAAUAUGUGUUGCACAUUUAAGUUUGAAAGAUGGGGAAACGAAGAUGCUUUUCAGGCCAAGCAAUUCAAUGGGUGUGACAAGGUUUCAGUGUACAGAAAAUUUAAAUUUCCUACACAAGAUGAUUUAUUUGCCUUCAUGCAAAGCAGUAGUGAAGAUUUCAGCUAAAUGAGAUACAGGAAAUGAAGGGUUGUUCUGUACCUUAAGAAAGGUUCAGGCAUAUGACCAAAAAUUACUUCCAGAAGCAUAAUCACUAACUAUUGGCAUAUAAAACAGCAGGUUUCUUUUUAUAGUGGUAUUUGCAGACAAACCCAAAUGCUGUUGGAUCUAUACUUAAUGAAGAAUUUGUUUUGGAGACCGACAAAAAAACCUUACUUCUUGCACUANUUUUUUUUGCCUUGUUUGCAGGCACACAAAAGGGAAUAUUGUUGGUGGCCUUCAAAACUGAACCCAUUUAAGGGCCAAAUUAGUGCUUGUUAAUAAAUUUCGUAGCAUAAUUGGGGGAAAAAGAUCGAUUUAUAUAAUCGCUUUAGCUUGCACGUUGUGUGAGAUUAUUUAUGUGACUAGGACUGUGUUAUUUGGAAUGUUCGGAAUUAGGUAGCAAGUGUCAUUGCUACAGUUAAUCAUCCAGUCCUUUUAAAAUGGAAAUUUUCAAUAUGUAAUCCAAACAAUACUUGGUUUCUUUAUCAAUUAUGUGCCUGACCAGUUGUAGUCUAGCAAGAUUUGUGAAAGCCUUUUCCGCAGUGCUGUCUUGUUUAUCAAUUAUUGCUAUAUUCCUUUUUGGGUGCUGGAUUUUUUUUUGGUUUUAUUGUAAUUCUCCCAUUUGCCAAAUUUUUAGUGUACAAUUUGUUUUGACAGAGCUGGAAGGUUCAUAGAAGAUCAGUAUCAGUUAUUUUUCAGAUUUAUAGACACUUGAAGCAAAAUCCUUGUAACUUUAUCUUGCAUAGGGUUCUCGGUGACCUGCUAACAUCUCAAUUGUAUGCUCUUGUUUGAAUUCUGAAUUUGUCUAAAACACGGUUGAGACAUUUAUAUAAAAAAAAUCAAGUUUAAAUCGAUUGAACAAAAUCUGUGUAUCUUUAAUUUGCUAUUGGAAGUGCUUCACAGGUCUUUAGAAAAAGUUUAAAAUGUUUUGUUCAACACAUGAGAAUUAUUAGUGUACAGUUGGGCUGUCAAGUUUAUCUUGCAAGGAGAUUUUGGUUAAUUUGCCCUGUCCUGUUCUCAGGAAUUCCUAUUUUUUUCAACAACAAAAAAGACAGAAUGUGUACUGCCUUUUUAAAAAAUAAUAGGUUAACUCUCCCAGCUGUAGGCCAAGGCAUCUACUGAUAAUCAAGUUUUAUUCAACUGAAUUUACACUUAUAGAGGUAUUUGAGAACUCCUGCUAGGAAAAAAAAGCACUUUGUCCCAGUUAUUUUUAAUUAUAAAUGCAAUUUGUUUUGUUUUUUUGGGGGAAAAACCCCGUCUGAAUGUUGUUCACAGUUGCAUAACAUGAAAGAGAUUUCAUCUGAUCAGUAACUAAUAUGACCCAAUGCCAAUUCCGGCAGUUUUUAGAGGUUUGAACAAAUGUAAUUAUGAAGAGAUAAUAUAAUUUACCAAUGCUUCAUUUCGGGUUUCCUUUGAAACCAUUGAUUACAGCAAAAUGUGUUUCUUUACAUCAGAAACAGUAACAUUUAAAAUUGUAUAAUCAUAUCUGAACUAAGCUCUCGCCUUCUUAGAGUAGGCUAUAUACUGAUUGCACAGGUUUAGAGGAACAUUUGCAAUAUCAAAUUGUUACCAUUUGUCAAAGUUGAAAGUUUGCAUUGGCAAAUCAUAAUUACAGUAAAUUCAAAGGGAUGCUUUUGAACUUGAUACUACCCAUCAAUCUGCCCAUCAAGCAUCACAUUAACCCAGCUGCCAUUACUCACGAUAAUGUAACACAGGGUAAUAUAAACUGGAAUAAAUUAGCUAGUGAGAGGUUGUUGCUAGCAAAUCUACAGAUUCAUUAACUAGUUUCUUAAGAAUGUUUUUAAUUUCAGUUAUAUAAAAAAAUCUUCAUGAUCGCGAUGCUGAUAAUAAAUGUCAUUAGCUAUGUCAAAUUCAUUUUCUAUGAACCUUCUUCUGUAGCUUCUGAAUUUGGAAUCUGAAUGCCAUUCUAAAUGGUAACGUGCCAUAAUUAUGGAGUGGUAGUAAUUGAAAUGGCAUACUGGUGCAUUACAGGGAACCCUAUAUUUAGGGUAAAGGUUCACUCUUGGUGUGUGUCAACAUUUAGAUGUAAUAAUCAUUGCCAAUUUCAGACUAGAAGUAGUGUAAUAUAUUUGCUUCAUAUAAAGUAUAACAUCUUUUCAGCAGCACUGUCACCCUUCACCUUGUGAACACUUGUGCUUGAAAACUUGUCGCGAGGUAUCCUUUUACAUUUUCUUGUACUAACUGUGUUGCAUAAUUUUAAGAGCUUUACAGCUGCUAAUAUUUGUUGCUCUACACUAUAAUGUGACUGAACACAAGUUAAACAUGAUUUGAUGUAACCUUAACCAGACGUUAAGUUUUUAAAAAUAUAUUUUUAAUUGUGCCAACUAAUUUUCUUGACGGUUUAACUUUUUAGUGUUUGCCAAAUAUAAAAAUAGCACUGUGUGUUCCUCAACCUGUUUGUUCCUCCAUUUAGAACUGUUUAGAACUACCGUUCGUUCCUAUUAGGAUUUAGUCCAAAACAGACCAAUCCAACCUCUAUAAGGCUAUGACACGCACUCUUGCAUGACUUCAGCAACAGGAGCAAAGGUCGAGUAGAAUGUAAAUAUAAUUUAUGUCCCUGAAAGGUUGUAGUGUAGCACCUUUGUAAUGCACUGGUAGCAUUUUCAAGCUACUCAUUCACAUUUUGCUGAAGUUUUUACUUUUAUUUACUAACAGUUAACAAUUGUUGCCUUUUCUUUUUCAUGAAACCAAGUUUGACAGUAGGCCAGUGUUGAAGUGUUUGAAGUUUUGUAAAUCUUAAUGUGCGUAUUUGCAGAAUGUGCAAUUGCUGCAUUUGGCAGCUUUCAUGGAUUUGGUCUGAUAUGAUAACCGAUGGAAUUUUUGGUAGUUUAUUAAUGAAGAGACAUUCACGACUCAGUCAUGUGGCAAAUUUCUGUUGUCUAACCACUUUUCUAGUCGCAGGACUAGUUUCCCAAAUGACAGGGUAAUAAAAAAAAACAAAGCUAGGGAUUGAUUCUCGUUUCUUUUCAAAACGUGAUCAUUUCUCCGAAGUUUGAACUGUGCUGCUGUAAAAUAUUCUAGCAGACCGUAGCGGUUAUCAAAAUUGGUUGCAAGUCCUGUAAUGAGAGUUCAAAUAGGUGUUCACAUGACCUGCUCAUAUUGAAGUUGAUGAUUAAGGUGGCACUAACCAAGUGACUACAUCCCUAAAGUGCAGAUUGAUUACUUCCUACUUGAUGCAUUUUUUUUAAUACCAGUGUGCUGGUAUUGAUCAGACCAAAUGUAUUUAGAUGAGACUGAUUUGAAUUAUGAAGUAUUCACUGGCAGGAUAGAAAUUUGUGAACACACGUUUGGUCAAGGUCUAUGAAGUCAGCAAGUUUGUCCUAAAUGGAAGUGGAGAAAUCAAGAUGAAGUUAAUUUUUUUUAUAAUAUGCAUAUACCCAAAAUAUUGUAUGAAGACUGUAAAAAAAAAAGGCAAAGGAAACUAGAUAUUUGUCUCCCUUAUCCCUGGAAAUAAUUUAAAUGAUUUAAAAUAAAAAACCCACUGUGAAAUACCACUUAACCAUUGCUAUGUUGUUUACUAUGCUCCACGUUCUUGUUCAUAUAGAUAAGGAAGGCACCAUUUUGAUUGCACCCUGGAUCACCUUAAAUACAUUUCCCUUGUUGCAGCUUUAGACGAUGCUGAAAUUCCACCAUUUUGCAUUAGCAUUUCACCCAGGAUGUUAUAGUAGUUUUUGUUUCAUUGUCCACAAUUUGUUGCUGACUAUCUAUCUCCCUAUUGCCCUCUAUCUGAACUUGUUCAUAUUUGUUUGUGGCUAGGUAGCAUCUGCUGUGCCUUAGCAAUUCUGCAUCUCUAACAAAUAUAAUAAAUUGCUCCUGGUAACCUUG